GACAUGCUGAAGAACAGAUAUUAGAUAACAAACUAAAAAAUUGUAAAAAGGAAUCAAAGGUUGAAGAAAAGUCUUAUCGAUUAGGUGAUGGAUUAGAUACUGAGGAGAAUCUCGAAAACAGUGAGGAGAAUGAAGAAGAUAUUCAAGAUAAUGAGCAGACACCUUCAGUAGCUCCAAGUACUGCCGAAGUGUUUGGAUCAAAUAAAAAAUCAUUCCAAGAUUUACUUGCAAAAUUUAAUGGGCAUGAGAAGAUCGAUGAUCUGAUCUAUCCAGAUAAAAAUGAUUUAUUAAUGAAAUCAGUUGUACGAAUAAUACGUAAAACUUUGCCAUCAUUCAUCAUGGCAUUCUCAAUGGGUUCACAAAAUUCUCUACUUAACCUAGCAACAUUAGAAAAACCACAUCUGAAUACUUUCAUACAUCCUUGUUUACAAGCAUAUUUAUGUAUAGUAAAAAAUAAUGCAAAAAGUAGACAAAAUAUUUUCUGUUUUUGGUGGACAAAGUUUUCGCCUUCGAAUUCAUUUACAAUUCAUGAACUAUUGUGGUAA